CUGGAACUGAGGCAACCUCUGUGUCCCUGUUGAGAAAACCAAACUGGCCUAAAACCUAGGCAGUGCUCUCCUCCGUCCCUGCAUCGGAGUAGGAAGAGUUGCUAAAGGCUCCGCUCCCCGUGAGUGGCGGCAGGAUACCGCUCUACUUGUGUCGGCCUAGGGCUAACGCUGAAAGAAGUCCCGCCACACACCAAAAGCUCCUUGGCGGCGGGCAUGUGUGGGAAGGCCUCGAGCCUUUCAGAGGCAAGAGGGGAGUCUGCAGGCAUCCUUUUUGUCUGGCGCGGGAGACCAUCGUGGUCUGGAUUACAAGUAGGGCUGACGCAGGGAGGGGGAAACCCAAGGCGGGUUCGCCGAAAAGGCGCCCUUGAGCAAAGCAGGAGGCGGCUUGGGGGGUUGGUGGUGUGCUUGACCUUUUCCAAGCUCCUGCUUCUCCCCCAUCAUAAGUGAACUGAUUCUGCAAACGGCCCGUGGAGGGAAAAUACAUUUUGAAACCGCAGUGGGGGAAAUUUAUUUUUUUAAAACUGGCGGAAUCCCAGCGCCGAGAGAGAGUUGAUUCGGGAGCGUUGCACGAGCGCUGCUGCUAGGAAGGCGCCCCUCGGGGCCACCUCAGCCUCCCUGGGCGCUGCUUUGCAACGGGGCUCGGCGUCCUGCGCGUCGCGGGUGGGGAGAGGAGGAGGUGGGAGGCUGUGGGGAAGAGUUUCAGCGGGAAGAGGCUGCGGAGGGAGGAGCUUGCAAAGGGAGCCCCUCUGCCUGCUCGUCGCCCCUCCCCGAGCCGUCCGCUUGCUCCCGGCUCUCGCGUCGGCCGGCAGCCUUGCAGUGGGAGCCGAAGGGGCGCCUGGGCGAGGGCAACAUGCGGAGCCCCUCCGUCUGCUUGGCUGCUCUCCUGCUGGCGGUGGGCGCGCGCUUCAGCCUCGCGUACCAAGGUAAGGGGGCUCAGGAGAGGGGGCGGAAACCGAGGAGGGGGGCGGCGGGGAUGCAUUCGGGGCCGCGCGGGGAAGGCGGCGCUUCCGAGUCCGCUCAGGCGCCUUCGAGGAAAGAGACGCCGCCGCCGCCGCCGCCGCUUAGUCUUCGGCUGCAGCAACCUGGCCGAAAGUUACGCCCAAGGUGGGGAAGCGGCGGCCGACCCUUGGGAGGGACGCCCCGAAAUAAGAAUAUAGUGUGCUCGUCGUGUGGGUUUGCAAUUCUUUUGCAUAAGAAUUUCCUUUCAGAAACAAAGCUUCUAGUAGACAUGGGGCGUCAGUUGUUGAAGGCUGCUUGGGAGGAGGGGGGAGAGACUUUAAAAGUUUGCGCGGGUUGACUCCCCAGCCGGUGCUAAUCUUUCGGGCAACGGCGGUCUCGUCCACGUAAGUGUUCCACACAAAGCUGAUAACUUGUAAAUGCACCUAACACCUGUGUGUAAUUAAGAGUUGGCUGCAGUCUUAUUCUGCACGUGAAUGGAUCCGAGUUAUGUGGUACAUACGAGUAUAGGAAUAAUGAAUGGCUGGCAAACGCUUCAGUUAGCCUUGUAUCCACCACUACAUACAAAGUACUGGCACACAGUUUAAAUGUGAUGCCUGGCAUGGAAAUAGUAGCAGAGCCCCUUACAGGUGGCAUCACAUCAAAGUUAAGUUGCUGUGCUUGCCUGAGAAGUGUUAUCACACUGGCAUGGUAUACUCCCCCAUGCACCUGAAGACCCAGUUCAGACUUCCUGCUCACAUGGAUCAUCUGCAGUAUAUAUUUUUAAAAGAUUGUCUGAUGUCAUGUACAGUUGGUUAUAUGGUGCUGAUAACACCAAGGUUAAUAGGUUUGAUCCUGGUAAGGGACAGCUGCAUAUUCCUGCAGUGCUCAGGGUUGGGAUACUUUGAGCCUCGGGGUCCCUUGCAACUGUGAUUCUAUGAUAUAAGCCAGGUCAUACCAAAAUCUGAAUCCUGUGUGUUGCAGUGGAUGCAUGCAACAAGCUCACCAUGGUUCGAGCGCCAAAAUAUAGCUGUUUUCUGUGGGUCUGUGAAUCAAACCUGAUCAUUAGCCUUUAGUCAGGAUAGUUUCAUCCUGCUGAUCCUGCAUGCUAAAGGCAGGGUCCUUUGGGCUAGAUGUUCUUGUCUGGUUGUUAACUGGAUUAUAGGCUAUGUUCAAAUCCCUGUCAAGUGACAGCCUCCCUGUGUGGCCCAGGGAAAGUCUUCAGCCUCAGUUCUGUAAAAUGGGAAUUCUACUGAUUUACCUCACAGGGCAAAACUAAACUAUAUAUUUUUUAAAAGCAAAACAUCAAAGAAAACCAUAAGCAUUGAUGCAAGAAGGAGCAAGAGAAAACUAUAAAAUGCUUUUCUUGUUAAAAGUGCUAAUUAGAGUAUAUUAGGGCCUUUGAUCAUGAUGGGUUGUGGGUACCCAAUGUACUAUAUUUGGCUUUCUACUAGUCUACCCAAGGGGGCUUCUGCUUGUGUUUAAAUGUAUGUUGGUUGUUGACAUAGGACUAUGCUGAAUAAUCUCAUGAACAUGUUAGUUUGUUGCCAUCUCUCUUUCUGGAAUAGUUUAUAAGAGCAGAGGAUGCGUACAUACUGUAUGAGGAGGACCCUAGCAUUUUUCACUAGUGUUGGACGUUGUUGAGAAUUGGCUGUUUUUAAUGGCAAUACAGUGCUGGGAGAGGCUGGCAAGAUGACACAGGGUCUUCUAAUUUCCAGGAGCAUAAUACUACGUGUUUUACACAUGAAUGCAAAAUAAUAGUUUUACACCUCCCUUUCAAUUAUGUUGUAUUUGUAGAUAGGCAUUUUUAUUGUAUAUUCAUUAGCCACUGGGAAAAAUCCAUUUGUUUUAUUUAUUUUAUGAUAUAAUCUCCAUAUCAGUGCAGUUUAUAGCUUAUGAAAAAUGUAAAGCAGUGACCAAUAAAACAGCAUCAUAUAUACACAAUAAUACAACAGCCUAAAACACCUAUGCACAGCAGUUAAGAUGCAGUCAUGUUUUAUCAUCCAAUUGCUUGCUGCAAUAAAAAUGUCUUUAUAAGAGCAUAACUGGGAAGGAGAGUUCCGCAGCAUGGUCACAAAAGACCAUAUUGUGACCAUAUUGUGUUCCUUCUUUUCAUCAAUCAAAAGUUAGAUAAAGAUGGGAUUUGGAGUAAUGCUCCCUAUGAUGUAGGGAAGAUUCCAUGGGAGAAGAUGCUUCUUGAGGUAGUCUGGCUCAGGUUAUUUUAUGGCUUUCAAGGCUAGAACCAGCACCUUGAAUUGCUCCAACAAGCUGAAAGCUAAUAAAGUUCUUUAGAUACCAGUGCUCUGUGCUUCCAUUUGCUUAUUCUUGGUAACAAGUGAACUUAUGAGUUCUGAACUAAGCUAACUGAAGUUUGCAAACAAGUCUUCAAGGGCAGCAUCAAACAGAGCACCUUCCAUAGGGUGGCGAUCUCCAUGGAUAGCUCACCAUUCUGUAGCACUGGCCUCAGCUGGCAUAUCAAACUGAGGGAGUGAAAAGCACUGUUGCCUUUGGUUCCAGGAGGAAAAGCCAGGUUGAGGAGUACGUUCAACCUGCUCAUCUUACAAUUCAGAGGAAGUGCAAGUCCAUUUAACCAUAAAGGGAGCCACAAACUUGCAAACUAAUCAGACUCAACUUGAUAGCGCUAUUUCAUCUAGAUUGAACUUUGGUUUGCUCACCCUCAUCAAUUGAUUAUUGCUAAUCCCAGGCAGCAAUUUAUGACAGGGGGAACCUGUGGCCCUCCAGAUGUUGUUGGGCUCCAAUUCUCUUCAUCUCUGUUCACUGGCCGUGCUGGCUGAGGUAAUGACCAGGUUCCCCAUACUUAUUCUGUGACUUUUACCACCUCAUCUGGUUUUGUCAAAACAGGAUAAAUAAAGCACAGUGUCAUUCGCAUACUGGUGACACUUCCCUCCAAACCUCUUAAUGACUUCUUUGAGCAGUUUGAUGUGCCUUCCCAUUUGGCAAACACAUUUACUCUAAUUUAUUAGCAUGGAAAUCUGCACACUUCCCCUUUCCGUUUUCAAGACAGAAAGGAUAUUUGUUCAAGGUAAAGCCAUGGGUUUUGUUUUGUUUUUUUUUAACUCUGAGACUGGUUUGAAAUAUCUGCUUCUGAGGAUGAUUUUAAAUGAAUAAGAGCAUUAUUUGUCAUUUUCCCAAAAGUUGCUAAUUUUUUCUGCCACCACUUAGGUUUUGCCUUAAGUUCAUUUGUGGAAUUUUGUCAGUUACUGUUUUUAUGCAUAAAGGUAAAGGUACCCCUGACCGUUAGGUCCAGUUGCAGACGACUCUGGGGUUGCGGCGCUUAUCUCGCUCUAUAAGCCGAGGGAGCCGGCGUUUGUCCUCAAACAGCUUCCGGUUCAUGUGGCCAGCAUAACUAAGCCACUUCUGGCGAAACCAGAGCAGCACACAGAAACUCCGUUUACCUUCCCACCAGAGCGGUACCUAUUUAUCUACUUGCACUUGAUAUGCUUUCGAACUGCUAGGUGGGCAGGAGCUGGGACUGAGCAACGAGAGCUCACCCCGUUGCAGGGAUUCAAACUGCCAACCUUCUGAUCAGCAAGCCGUAGGCUGUGUGGUUUAAACCAUAGUGUCUGCUAAAUUGCCUUGUGUGGGGGUACUUGAGCACGCAUUGCGUCAUUAGAACAAAAUCUUCUUGUGGUGGGAAAAUAGUGACAACGUGAAUCCAUUCUCCAGGGACCACUGUUAUUUUACUGAUACUUAUUUUACUUCCAAAUCCAACAGUUCCAUAUGCUUUAAAGAGCAACCCAAUGCCAAAUGUGUGUGAGAUUGUGCAAUUUUGAAGUUAUUAAGUGCAUGCAACCCCCCCUCCCACUUUUAAAAAGCUGUUGAGCAUGCUUAAUGGAUGAGCAUUGCAUCAUUUUGGCCUGCAAGCAUACUUUGCAUAAGUAACAGUUGUCCACUGGGGGUCAUAAAGUUACUGAAUUAAUUGUGUUUGUAAGCAAGGUUUGAAUUUAUUUUUGUUGGUGCAGUUCAGCUAACAUUGCCAAUGCAAAAAUGCUGGAAGACAGAUUUGCACUGUUUCAUAACUGAACCUAUUUAUUUAUUUAAAUUUAUGUUCCAUCCCUUCCAGAGAUCUAAACACAAUAGUAUUUGAUACAAUGAUUGUUAACCUAACAUGCAAUAAAGUUCUGUCUGACUAAAUUGUAUUUACUUAUAACUGACAGAUCACUGUACUGUAUACGAAUGGAUACUUUUUUGCUACAUGAAGUUGCUGUCUUCAGAGUUUGGCUUUCUGGAUAAGGUUAUUGAAAAAAAUCCAGAAGAAACACUAGAACUCUGUUGCCGUUGGCUGUUCCCUAGUAUCAUUAAGGUCCACUUUUUGCAGUCUAAAAAGCUGCUAUUCUGGUGUUAAAACUACCUUCCCCAAACUUGUUGGGAGCAGCAAAUGGAAUAGAAACAAUUGCCUUUUCUGGCCAAGGGCAGUUCAGCUUGGCAAUAUUGCAGCUGCCCUGUUCCAUAUAUUAAAAGUGCGCCCCUUUUCUGUUCUCCAAAAGCAGGUCAGGCGUUCUUUCCAUAUUGCUGUGCUAGCAUUCAUCUACUCACUUAGGAGUAAUUGCUAAUUGUCUUGAACAAACAGAUGUGACUAGUCGUAUCUCUGAGAAACAGUGAAGCAUACACAGUGUGUUGUGCGAUUAUUGAGCUAAUUUGGUCAAUCAAGAAAACCACUGAUUCUGAGAAUUGGUAUAGCUCCUGCAUAGUGUCAACUAGCUUGUGAUUUGUGGGAGUUGGACUUCUGUGCGUAUGUGUGUGUGUAUCCACUAACCUAAAUCUGAGGUUGGCUUCUGCUGAGCCUUCAACUCUUUCCCCUAUCCCAUGCCUCAUCUGAAGGCUUUGUUUUCUAGAGGGGUAGGGGCUUGACUUUUUAGUGUGUCAUUGCUCAUUUAGAAGUAACUUAUCCUAUACACGCUUAUUGAACUUAGGGGAAGUUUUGAAUAGGCACUCUGUUAACUCGAUGUACAUUGCCAAUGCAACUGUUGUUGCUGCAUGUCUUUCUUAAGCGAAAGUGGAAAAAGCUUGUUGGGGAUCACUACAGAAAUAGCUCCAGGCCCCAAAGAGCAUAUGGUGGGAAAAAGGAGUUCCCUUUCUUGUGUCAUGUAAGAGUAGUGCUGUUGAUGGUGAGAUUGCUAUACAAUUUAUGCCAUGAGGCGGAAUGUGAUGCUAAAUUUGCUUCAGUUCCUCGAUUUGAAUUGCAUCAGCUGAAGUUCACUUCAAAUGGCAAAGGACCAAGUUUGCAGAACUCCAACAUGUGUUGAACAGCACAUGUGUAACUGCCAUUGCCAGUCAGCUAGCUCUGUUUUGAUCUUGCUGAGUUUUGAAGUUUUUUUGUUCCUUUUAUAGUGAAAAUCACACACAUGGUUCACAUAACUGGAAUUCUCAAAUUACUGUGUGCUCAAUCUUUUGUACCAUCAGUGAGCUUGGGUUUUUGUUGGAUAUGCCUUUUUAAAGUUGGAAGUGGUCCUAUGUCAGAAAAUACUACAUCUGAGCCCAAUUCCUAUAAAUUCUACUGGUCCCAUAUUAACCUUCAAAUUAUCCUCAAAUGCUCUACAAGGAUACUUGUUGCUACUUAGGCAAACAUUAGUAAUACAUUUGUUGCUCUUUGGGUGAUCUUUUGUUGUUUUUGUUUACUAGAAAAUUUCUAAAACUUGAAAUGUUGGUACUUUCAGUAGUCCGUUUAUGUAGUUUAAAUAAAUAAUGACUCAUAGUGACGGUCCAUGCAUUUUGGGGAUGAAAGCUCCAUACCCAUUUACCUGUGAGCAUUCUCAAUUGAAAUGAGUGAGAUUUGCUUCUGAGUAAACAUGUAUAUAGCACUGUUAGGCCUGUUAAAUAUCACCAUAUUCAAAACCUUCCAGUUGCCCAAAUAGCUGCUUAGAAAAUGACACUGCUGCCAAAUUAGGUCAAAUUUAUGGUGACCUUAUAUUCUGUUUUGAUAACCAUGACCAACUCUGGGAUUUCAUGUUUCUCAUGUGUGAACACACCUUUUCCCACCUUAACAGCUUGGUUACUAAGACCUUAUAAGUGGAAUGGUUUACAAAGAUUCACUAUGAAAUUUAGUAUGAAAUUUAGUAUUCAAAGCUUGCUUUGCAAUAGAAAUGGUUUAUGUGAAUUUGUUGGCCAUCGUUUAGAAGUUUGAGGUUUUUUCGUUUUUAAGGGAUGAUGAAAUUAUUUUAUUCAACCAGAAUGCAUAACUGCGUUCUAGUUUAGGAAGAAGGUAUGUCUUCUUUAUAGGAAAGUACGUUAGGGAGGAAGAACAAUGCUUAUUUAACUCCUCUCUUGGGCUCAUUUUGGGGGUUAAUUACUGGAGAGAACCACUGAAACACACAACUUCAGAACAACAUUGCAGUUCUGUAUACUGUUUUAUGUAUUUUUCCACACUUCAUCAGUUGUACUGAGGGAUUUACUGAAAAGCCUGGCAAAACUUUGGCCAGUGUGGUAUGGCAGAGCAUGAGUUACUGUUAGUCAGCCUGUCUCUUCUCUCACUUACCACAAAGGUUUACUCUCCUGGGAACUGUGGUUCAGGCUGGCAGUUCUGAGAUGCAAUUUGUCCAUCUUUUUGCCACUGACUUUCCAAUUCUGAUGAGAAAUUGUCUUCUGUGUCAGAACUAGGUUCAAAAUAUAAGACUUCUUUGGAAAUAAGACACUAGGCUCUGAGCUCCAAAUUAUGUUGCAGAGAGAGAGAGAGUUGACUUUUCAAAAUGUAUUUUCGGAGUGCUUUACACUUUUCCUUCACAGAUAUCUGAAGUAGUGUGGUGGUUAAGACUGUGAGGGGAGCAAGGACAUCCUCUGUUUAAGGCUCACCUAAGCUAUGAUGCAAACAAGAAAAUGUUCGCACAGCUUAGUCAAACUAUGGAACUCAUUACCCCAGGAGGCAGUGAUGGCCACCAACUAGGAUGGCUUCAAAAGAAGAUGAGACAAAUUCAUGGAGGAGAGGGCAAUCAAUGGCUACAAGCCAUGUUGGCUGUGCUCUGCCUCUACAGUUGGAGGCAGUAGUACUUCCAAAUAACAAUUGCUACAAACCACAGGAGGGGUGAUUUUUCUUGUGCUCAUGUUCUGCCCCCUAGUUUCCCACAGGCAUCUUGCUAGCCACUGUGAGAACAGUAUGAUGAGUCCUUUGGCCCGAUCCUGCAGGCUGUUUUUAUAUUCCCAAGUCUUGUGCUGCUUUAAAGCUAACCGUUUUAUUAUGGUUUGAGCUAUGGACUAGAAUCCAUCAGAUGAUAUGAAGCGGUCUUCUAAAUAGCAGGUAUCUAUGUAGAUGGGUAUAAAGGGGGAAAUACACAGAAUAAGAUGAGAGGGGAAAUGAAAUACAAAAAAGGACAGACUGACAAUUAUAGUAAAGGUUAAAUAAUUGUGCUGUUAUGCAUGCCCACUGCUGAGCAAUUAUAUAUAGACCUUGGGCCAAGCUAUCAGCUUAUUCUUAGGUAGCACCAGGUUGGGUGUUUAGUUGUUUAGUCGUGUCCGACUCUUCGUUACCCCAUGGACCAGAGCACGCCAGGCACUUCUGUCUUCCACUGCCUCCUGCAGUUUGGUCAAACUCAUGCUGGUAGCUUCAAGAACACUAUCCAACCAUCUCGACCUCUGUCGUCCCCUUCUUCUUGUGCCCUCCAUCUUUCCCAACAUCAGGGUCUUUUCCAGGGAGUCUUCUCUUCUCAUGAGGUGGCCAAAGUAUUGGAGCCUCAGCUUCACGAUCUGUCCUUCCAGUGAGCACUCAGGGCUGAUUUCCUUAAGAAUGGAUAGGUUUGAUCUUCUCGCAGUCCAUGGGACUCUCAAGAGUCUCCUCCAGCACCAUAAUUCAAAAUCAUCAAUUCUUCGGCGAUCAGCCUUCUUUAUGGUCCAGCUUUCACUUCCAUACAUCACUACUGGGAAAACCAUAGCUUUUACUAUACGGACCUUUGUUGGCAAGUUGAUGUCUCUACUUUUUAAGAUGCUGUCUAGGUUUGUCAUUGCUUUUCUCCCAAGAAGCAGGCGUCUUUUAAUUUUGUGGCUGCUGUCACCAUCUGCAGUGAUCAUGGAGCCCAAGAAAGUAAAAUCUCUCACUGCCACCAUUUCUUCCCCUUCUAUUUGCCAGGAGGUGAUGGGACCAGUGGCCAUAAUCUUCGUUUUUUUGAUGUUGAGUUUCAGACCAUAUUUUCCGCUCUCCUCUUUCACCCUCAAUAAAAGGUUAGGUUAGAGUACCAGGUUAGGUAGUACUAGGUUAAUGGUUUAAAAUGCUUGUAGCUAGAAGUUAUUUCCACUACAGCUCCCACCAUAUAUACUUUUGCCACCUCUCUUGCAUCUUAUUGGGCUUUUUCUUUCUCCUCUGCGCCUUUCCCAAAGCCCUUGACUGAGUUCUUGAAGAUCUCCUCCUUGUAGCCUUCCUGACUUGGGACAUUUGGCAGCAUUUGCUUUCUCCAAGCCUCUUGUGUUCCACUGCAUAAUAUAUGCAGUUAGAUUACAACCCGCAUUUUCCACAUAUGCAGGCUUUUGUGCUCAGUACAGGACUGGGUGGUGUCCAAAAUGUAGUAUUUUCUUGUUGGUUGUGUUUCAGUUGAAGCAUUUGGUACCAUAGUCACGACUUUGGAAUUCUUUUAGAAAAAUGGAAGCAUAAAAGCUUCGUAAACAAAAUAAAAAGGAAUUAUUAUCAGAUAACUUUUGCCAUCUUGCUUGCUGUAUGUAAUGGCUGUGUUUACAUGCCAUGUUAAACCAUAAUGCUUAACAAAUGAAUGUCACGGCCCCAGACCAGAUCUCACAGGCAGAGUUCUAUGGCAGCUGCACCUCUAAAAUAAAGAUAGUGCACCCCAUGUGGGUCUGGGCACCAAAUCUUCCUCUGAAGAGACACCUCUGCCACCAGAGUCUCAUGGCUGGUCUACAGAGUCCUCACAGGUCAAGAGAGCCCUGAGAAGAUAUCCCCACAGUUGGAAGCCCCUUUGUGGCAAAGGAGCCAAUGGCUACAGCAGAAGGCACCAGCCCUUUCACUAGCCAGGAGGCAGCACCCAGUGAUUACUCAGUCAGUAUCUCCAGGACCUAGCUGAGAUAACUUAGAUGGUUGACAUCAGCUGCAGGGGCAAAUGUGUCUUUGCCUUUGCAUCCCAUUAACCUUUGGCCUCCCCUUGCUUGGGCCACUGCUGCUCCUUGGUGAUCAUGUUGCUGAACAGUCCCUGCUUUGCUCCUCCUUCUCUUCUGGCCACGCUGUGCUAUAAGGGCAGCAAACUACAAGCACUGGUUUGUUAUGUUAUCUGAACUGCUUGUCUGUUGCUCCCAAGCUAAACGUAAGUGUUCUAAUAAUAGAAUAAUAGAAUUGUAGAGUUCAAAGUGACCCUGAGAGUCAUUUAGUUCAACCCCCUGCAAAGCAAAAAUCUCAACUAUAAAGCUUCCAUGACAGAUGGCCAGACAACCUCUGCUUAAAAACCUCCAUGGAACGAUCUCAAGGGCUUCCAUUGCACUAUUGAACAGCUCUUAUUAUCAUAAAAUUCUUCCUGAUGUUUAGUCAGAAUCUCCUUUAUUGUAACUUGAAUCCAUUGGGUUCUAGUCUCAGGCACAGGAGAAAACAAGCUUGCUCCAUCUUCCAUGUCACAGCCCUUCAGAAGUACCGUUACAAAUUGCCUGAAAGCAGGUACAUUUUUUAUACCAUUUUUUCAUUUGAAAGGAUAUGAAAAACCAGCAAUGUAUUGUUGCAUGAUGCAUUAUAGUACAUCAAGGCUUUGAAUGGGGGAUGGUGAAAAAUAAUGAAAAGCAGAUAUCCAUGAAAACAGCUGAAUGUGAAUUGCCACUCUUUGGUAAAGCAGAAAUAUCAGUGAAGGGGACAUGGAAUGUUUUGUACAUCUAAUACUAAUUGUUUCUUCUGUUCCUAAUCUUCUAAAGAUGUAUUUUGAAAUAGCCUGACUUCAAAUGCUGCAUGAAUGGAUGGCUGUUCCAAAUGUUUCAUUGAAUAAAUGGCUAAUUCUGAACAAUGCACAUUUUCCAUUUGCAUUCUCAAAAGCAGAUUUUCAGGCUACUGUGUGCCAGAUUGUUAAAAAUAGAUUUGGAAUAAUUUCUGAGGGGAAAUAAUGGCAAAGUCUAGCAUAUGAUUUGGGAGAUUUCUUUGAGAGCCAUAAUAAAUACUAUUGGCUUAAUUUCACCCUUUUGUUGGCGGUAGCACACCUGUAGCUGGGUCGUAUUCCUUCUAGCCCCACAAACUGCUAUAUUUUUACAACACUGAAACAAAAUAAGGAAGGCUCUUUCCAAAGUUUUGUAGCUUUGCUUCACAGUUCUUCACAAAGUUCAUUGUGCAGUGUUAUGCAUGGCAGGUAGUGCUCAAAACAUUAGAGUCUUGUGCUUCUUCAGUGGGACUCAUGGCUAUCUAGGAGUUGGCAAAGCUGAUGACUUCCUAGGGACUCUUUUCCUAGUCACAGAGGAGGAAUAUAUUCUGCAGGUGAUCAGUACAAUCUGCACAGGGGCAGGAAUAAGCUAGUGUUUAGUUCUCUGGAGCUCCCUAAGAAUGAACAAAUUGCCUUGGCCCAAGGUCUAUGUAUAAUUGCCCCAUAGUGAGCAUGCACAAUAGUAGCAGGCACUCUGUGUUGCAUAGCGCUAGCAUCAUAUUAUUGGCGUGUGCAUGUUUCUGAACAGUGAAGUUCCAUCUACAACUUUUGUGGCUAAAAUGGAGCUUGCCUCCAUUAUUCCUGUUCCUAGAGUAACAGCUUCUCAUAUUCGUACAGUGGUGCCUCGCAAGACGAAAUUAAUUCGUUCCGCGAGUUUUUUUGUCUAGCAAAUUUUUCGUCUUGCGAAGCACGAAAUCCCAUAGGAAUGCAUUGAAAUUCAAUUAAUGCGUUCCUAUGGUCAAAAAAAGUCCAAACAAAGCCAAAUUUGGUACAACAAGAGUUUAUUAAGUGCUCUUUAAAGUCACACAUACUGUAAAGAGCAUUUCAAAAAUUGAAGGAACAAUAAAUUCAAAAAUUGAAGGAACAAUAAAAAUCAUAAAAAUUCAGAAAAAAACCACACACGCUUCCAGAUUCUUGCAAACCGCUCCUCAACUGUUCCCCUAGCCACCCACCACACAGAAAUUCAAAUCCAGAAUUUUAAAAAAAAAAACACAGCAGAGGCCCAAUGGUCACAGAAAAUCAUAAAAAUGCAGAAAAAAACCACACAAGCUUCCAGAUUCUUGCAAACCCCUCCCCAACACCAAGUCCUUGAAUUCCAAACACCCCAACCCAAAAUCCAAAACCCCCCAAAAAAGUUUUAAAAGUUUAACUUACCAAAUGGCUGCAAAAGAAGUUUUGGAAAAGCUUCAAAAAUCACCAAAGUCUUCAAAAACCUCAAAAAAGGCUACCACACCGCGUGCUAUGAGUUGCUCCUCGAAGUCAAGUCGCAACUGCACCUCUUCAAGCAAUGCACCCUGUAUUACUGUAACGGUUUUAAGAAAAAGGAAGCAAACUUGCAAGAUGUUUUCGUCUUGCGAAGCAAGCCCAUAGGGAAAUUCGUCUUGCGAAGCAGCUCAAAAAACACAAAACCCUUUCGUCUAGCGAGUUUUUCGUCUUGCAAGGCAUUCGUCUUGCGGGGCACCACUGUACAUGCUAAAUGCCAAGAUUUUGUACAUAUGUACCCCUGGUGAUUGAGAUCAAGCAGAUUUGUAGACCCUUAUCCCAAUGAUGCAAUUUUAUUAACUUGCAGUGGCCUGGACACAAUGAUGGGCUGAAUGAAUCCAACUUAAUUCCAUUGAUUUCAGUGGGUCUGCUCUGAAUGACUGACACUGGAUAUAUCCCAUUGUCUAUUUGUAAUCAACAUUUCCCAUGAAACCUGAUAAGAAUGGUGGUUUCCUGUAACUGAAAAUGAUAUCCUCCCGGGAUAUUGAUUGAUCACUCAUUCCUCCCACCCCAAACUAUUUUGAGGUAAUUAAUUGCCUGUUAUUCUGUUCUGCACUACAAUUGCAGCUUAAUUUUGUCAGCUUGAGAGGUGUAUUGCUUCUGUAGGAUUUCUCUUGAAAACAAGUUGAAGCAUGUAAUUUCAAAAACAGUGGGAUCUUUCUGAAAAACAUCCUGACAGAGCAAACUAAAUUAUUUGCAGCCCCCAAGAAUUUUCCUCACAUAGAACUAACUCUCUUCUGUGCUUUUAAUAACUGCACCUGCAUGGACUGGAGCGUGGUGAAAUUUAUGGUGCAUGCAUGGCUUAGGGGCUGACAGUUUAGGGGUGGGAAUCUUGUUGCCCUCCAGAUGUUGUUAGACUCCUGUUCUCUGCCACCAUAGCUGUUUUUCCAGGGAUGAUGGGAGUUGUAGUCUAACAACAUCUGAAGGGGCCGCAAAUUAAUCUCUGGCUUAAUCCUGUGCACGGCUACUCAAAAGUAAGCCCACUUUGAGUUCAGUGGAGUUUACUUUCUGGUAAGCAAGUAUAGAAUUGCAGCCUUAGUGCUCCAUAGAAGUUAGCAAAAAGUUCCAUUAAAAAUUAAUAUGGGGUUUUAAAUGUUCUUGGCAUUUUCUGAAAAUAACCACUGAAAGAGCUAACUCUUCAAAUAUUGCCCACCAGUCUGCUGCUUUUACAUGAGGCAUCUUUGGGGAGCAAUCAGUCUAAUUCUCUGAAAAAUUGUUUGAAAGAAUACAUUUUGUUGACACUUUUCUUGAGCUGAACAUUGAGACCAGAACCCCAGAAUUCUGCCAAAUAGCGCACAACAAAGCAUGAAAAGCAUUCCUUUAGUAACAUCUUCAAAGCCGUUAGAGACUGCUAUUUAAAACUUACAUAGCUCAGCAGUGCUUUAAAAUUCUACUAAGUUUAGUGUUUUCUACCAUGGAGCUGUUGACAUGCCAACAUGUCUGCCGACAUCAGCAGUUUUAAAGAAAGUAACAAGAGUAGAAUACUAGGAAAACUGUACUAGCAAAAGUGGGGGUGGGGUGGUAAAGGAAAUUGAUUCUGUUCAUGAGGAAGAUCAAGCCCACUAUAAUAGUCUGUCUUUAUGACCUGUUAAAAAAAUAAAGGAAUAUUGUAUUCUGAAGUGUCAGAAUUUUCUGCACAAUUAUACAGUUGUUAACUCAUGUGUUGCAUAUGAUAACAGAAUCCUUCCUUAAGCUACAAUUUGCUUGUAACAUAAAUGCUAUUUUGCGGCAUUCAAACUAUAUUGUGGCUAUUAUUUUGAAAACGUGAUUCCUCAUCCCUUCAGACACACAGAGGUGUCAAUUGCGGUUAUGAGUGCUCUUCGAAAUGUGGUUACUUGAGUACUGUGAGCCUGUGAUUUCACUGGUGGUGAGUGAUAUUUCCCCUCUUUGCGUGCUUGUACCAGUCUGUGAACUUUUUCAUAAUCACUUUUAAUAGUAGUAGUAGUAGUAGUAGUAGUAAGAAGAAGAAGAAGUGUGUCCUAGGGCCAUAGAUGUUAAAAAACCCACAUAACCACAAUACUCUAGUGAAUGAUGUGUGGAUGAUAAAAAGAAGGUCUGCACAGCCAAUCACAGACUGAGUUAUAAUAAUCCCAGCUUGUUUGAAUUUUACUCUUCUGCAGGGGACCCGCUAUAUCUAUUCUAUUAAAAUGCAAAAUAAAAGAGGAGACGAACGUUUAACGAGACUUAUAAAUCUUUGAGGUGCUAUAUGGUCAUCUCUUUUAUUUUAUUCAUACCUCAUUCAGCAUUUCCUUAGAUAGGAUUAUUGUACCUUACUGUGUAUUGCAUAUUCUGCUUGUGAUUAAUAAAGUAUCUGUGCAGUUCCUCAGAUUCUCUCUAGGAUUAGCUUAUAUAUUUUGGGUGGAUGGAUUCCUUUGUGUAAAGUAGCUGGUUCUAAACACACUGCUGCAUACAAUAAUCUCCACAAGUUGACUUGCCAAAGGGAUGAGUUGGUGUUAUUAACCCAUCCACUCCUGUCAAACAGGUGCCUGGCUCUGUUGAAGGUGAUUGUGCCAGUCAUCUAUUCCAUGAGUUGUAUGGAGUGACCCAGUUCCAUCAAGGGUCUCCAUUAUUGUCUCGCCUGGUGCAUAUGGAAGGAUUUCAUUUUAUUUUUACCCCAGUGCAUCACUCUGCUUGGACAUACAGGGACGAAUCCUAAAAGGAUUGCCUGCAGUUGCCAAAUAAAAAUGAAAUAUAUGCCUCUGUACUCUUGUGUUGAAAGUUUAUUUUAUAUCAAUUAACACAAAUAUAACAAUGUCUGGUAGAAUGUCAUGAUGCUCCAGAUCCACCCAGGUAAGCCUUUUUUUCUUUUUUUUAACAGUCUUUAUGUUCAGUAGUUAAAUAAAAUGCUAUUUUGACUGGCCAGAAUAGCAUUAAGGUAAAAUGGAUGUAAUGGCAUUUUAGCUGCAUUGGCUGUGCUAAAUAGCUCAGUCACACAUGUAUCUUGAAUGGUAGUUACAUCUGUAUUCUGCCUCUGCAGCUGUUUGCUAGGAUGGCUGAUGCAUCCACUUGCAUCUUUUGAACCAUCUUAUAGUGAAAUAUCACUUGAGACUUGCGUAAGAUCUUAAUUUGUGAUGGAAGUUCCCUGCAAGAUGAAUUCCUUGAUCCAAUAUAUAUUGGGAAACAAUUAGACUUCAUUCGGUUUUAAAAUGUAUAUCUUUAUCCAUUUCAUAAUAAUAAUAAUAAUAAUAAUAAUAAUUUAUUAUUUAUACCCCGCCCAUGUGGCUGGGCUUCCCCAGCCACUCUGGGCGGCUUCCAAAAGAAUAUUAAAAUACUGUGAUACAUCAGACAUUAAAAGCUUCCCUAAACAGGGCUGCCUUCAGAUGUCUUCUAAAAGUCUGGUAGUUGUUGUUCUCUUUGACAUCUGGUGGGAGGGCAUUCCACAGGGAGGGCGCCACUACCGAGAUCACUAUAAACUGAUUUUGCUGCAAGUCUAAUAAACACAAAAACUUACCCAGUUUAACUUGCUCUAGGAUGUUUGAUACAUCCUAAUUCUGCCUUCGCUCAUCUCUGCAAGAGCUUUCCUUACGCUUUUCAAGGAUGUUGUUUCCUUGCUUGCUGCAGUUGUUUUUCUUUUUUAUUGUAGGAUCGGGAUACUCACCGCUAGAAGAUGAUGAAGACGUGUAUGCACACAAUAGAUAUAAAGGUGAAUGCUUUGCUCAUAUACUAAUGAGGAUCACCCAUUGCCAAGAAAGCUUUUUUAUCCUUUUUCUGCUUGGAGCAUGAAGCCUUAGGGUAUGUCUGUGCCAGCCAGAUUUUUUUGCAUGGUUUAUUUAUUCUGUGAAUAGCUGUGAAUGCCCUUUCAUGAUUUGAACUCCAGUGCUAUGUUGCUGUGGUUUUGUUUGUUUUGAAUCCAUGAAAAUAUGUGUAUUUACAUCAUUAAUACCCUUAUGCAAAAUAUUCAAACUGAUUUGAAUAUUUUGCACCCCCAAAAUAAUGAUUGUGCACAAGUCAUGUAUGAUGUUCUUCACUUUCAGAUAAUCUUUACUCUCCCAUCUUACUCGUGCCUGCUUAUUUAGCAGUCUUACAGAUAUAUUCUCAAGUUCAUUGUCCCUGGUUCUGAUUUUGUAGAGCAAUGCAUAAGAUCAGUCUGACAUGUAGGUGCAAAAAUCUGGCAACCCUUCUUCCAAAGGAAAGAAAUGGAGGUGGGUGGGGGAGACCCACAGUUACUGUAAAUGCAAUGGCCACAUAUAUGGAUAUAUGGCUUCCAAGCUGGAUAUAUGGCUUCCAGGCUGGAUAUAUGGAGAGAGGUAGGAAUGUUAAGCUGCCAUGGAGAUGUGCUGACAUAAUCACAGGCUUGGAAUUGCCAGACUUCAUGUGUGUUUGAAUUUUCUGUACUUGUUGCUGUUGAACAGCAGAGGAUGGUAGAAGCACUACUCAUGGAUUUUCUCUAUUUUUUUCCAAGGAAAAGUUUCUAAUUAUCUGACAUCAGUUUUUGGAGAUUAAGCAGAUAGUUCAUGUUAAUUAAAAAUAAGCUGCUUUCUGCUUUCGUGCACCAUAGCAUCAGAAUUAAAAGUUGUCUGUGAUCUCUACCUGUUUGAUGAUACUUUACUGAGUUUUUUCCAUAGCUUUUCUAUAGUAUCAGUUCCUCUCCCCCCUCAAAAAAGUAUGCUAAUUAUGAACCAGGCAAUCCUAAGAAUUCACAGGUAAUCUCAUAACCUUUAUUAAGAGGAUAGUGUUUGCAGCCUUUCUAAACAAAUCAAUUGCUGGUGACAACUGAAAGUGAAAUGGGUUGUUGUUUUCAUUUAGCAGGCUUGCAAAAGCCCUGCCUACCAUUUUGCCCCAAUGCAUAUUUUUGGAUAGAGCAAUAACUUUUUUUAUAUACAAUGGCAUACUUAGAUAUUAUUUGGAAUGAAGCAACCUUCUUAUGGCUGAGUGCUUCUCCGACAUUGAUUAUGUUUCAUACAUUUGUAAUUACCCAUGUUGAAGGGAAGUUAUUAGAGAGCUAGUGAGUAUUCUGUGUGUUUACUUUUGUGUAACGGGUAAAGGUAAAGGGACCCCUGACCAUUAGGUCCAGUUGCAGACGACUCUGGGGUUGCGGCGCUCAUCUCACUUUAUUAGUCGAGGGAGCCGGCAUACAGCAUCCGGGUCAUGUGAGCAGAUGACUAAGCCGCUUCUGGCGAAUCAGAGCAGCGCAUGGAAUCGCCGUUUACCUUCCCGCCGGAGCAGUACCUAUUUAUCUACUUGCACUUCGACAUGCUUUCGAAGUGCUAGGUUGGCAGGAGCAGGGACCAAGCAACAGGAGCUCACCCCACCAUGGGGAUUCAAACCACCAACCUUCUAAUCGGCAAGCCCUAGGCUCUGUGGUUUAACCCACAGCGCCACCUGCAUAUCUUUGUGUACUUCAGCAUAAACAGGAUUAUUCAAUCCACACCACUAUCUGUCUCAACAUGCCUAACCUUAUUUAUCCUUAAAUCUAUUGGAUUGCACCUGUGUUUUGCUGUCUGAACUUUGGCUAAUAGGGGUACCCAUCUGUGCAAUACAGCCUCAAAAUCUGAUGGUGUAAUAAAGCUAUAGGAAUGCUUAGGGUAGAAUGUGAAAUCCAAAAGAACAGAAGCUGGUAUCAUAAAAAGUAGACCUUAGAGCUUAAUAUUUUGAAAGACUGGCAAUUGGAACCUUCAUGUAGAUGGUGCCUAUAACUCUGUUCAUAACAAAAAACCAUGCUAGUAAUUGCCACUUGCUUCAUAAACAAAACCCACCACAUAUCCUGUGAGCUGAGGUCACAACUUAGCAACACAGGAGGCAAGCAUAUUGUUGCAUGACAUCUCCACAACUAGGGUAAGAAGAAAGAAUCUUAUUUGCAAGAUGGGUAGUCUUGUGUGGUAAUCCCCAAUCCUUGCUGUGUUGUGGGUGCGCUCUAUUGUGGGUGGAGUUGCACCAUAGGAGUGGGAGGCAUCUUGCUGUGGCCCAGUGAUCACAGACUAUGUGGAGCUGCCUUUGCAGGUGGUUGAGAUAUGUAAUUCCAGUAUUCAGCUGCUAGGCUGCAGACUGGAAUUAGGUGCUGUCCCUGUAUUAGACCAGAGCUUCGUAGAUUACACUGGCUCAAACUGUUUCUGAACUCAGUUUUGUAGUAUUAGGUUUUUUUUAAAAAACCCACAUAUGUUGGGACCGAGGUAUCUAAAAGUUUCCUUCUGCCUUCUACAUUCUGCAGUGACUUUGAGAAUUGUAUCUUGGCAUAACUCCAAAGUUAGUAAGAAUUUCAUAUGCCUGCAUUAUGUAUUCCUGUAAUGCUUUACUCCUUGCCUCCAGUCUGUUGAAUAUGUCAUUUGUGUUUCAAUAUGCAGUGGAACCUCUAUACAAGAGCAUAUCCAGUGCAUUUCAGUUCUCAGAAGUUUUAAAAAAAAGGAGUCUCUGUGCUUCUGUCUAUAUAUGUCAGGGAUAUAUAUUCUUUUUUGAAUAGGCUGCAAAUGUCCCUUAAUCUGGUACACCCAUGCUUGUGUCUAUAGUAUCCUACCAUUGGUAUAAACAAUGUGGUAAGUAUUCUAUCAUUCCUCUGCAAGUGCAGAAAUUUUACAGAGCAAAUUCCACUAACCCAAAACUAGAGGCCUGCAGCCCAUAUUUUGGCUGGUGGGUUUCAAUACAUAGAAUUUAGCACCACUACCCUGCUGCCCUUCUGCCACCUUGCAGCUGCCUAAUCAGCAGACCAUGGGAUAAUCUCCCUCAUCUCCUUCCCCCAUCCCUAUCACCCAUCACUUCUCCCAUCACCCAUCUCUCUCUUGCAUGUGUGCCUUUUACUGUGACUCGUUUUUAAAGGUGACAUUGAGCCUUGAAGAAAAAGGCUCAUGAGAUUCCUUUGCCUAGUUCCUUUGAGUAGUGUUUAAACUGAAUUGCCUUGGCUUUAUGUGCGUUGUGAAGCACGUUAAUUCAUCAGUUUGGAUGCUAUGUGUAAGUUUUUGUCACACACACAAUAUUACAUUGUAGACCAGCCCCCUCUCUCCAGCGCUGCCCCCAGCCUUGAUCUCCCUUCCUGAUGCAUACGCCAUAGGUAGGGCCCCACUGCCUCAAGGACAGUGCAAUAUCGAUUCACCACACAUCAAAUAAGACUUGGUUUAAUAAGCAAGAUUCCAUUGUUUGGGAUAAUCAUUACUUCUAACUCUUGGACACAGAACUUAAAAUCCAGCAUUAUUUUAAAAAAUCAUUUUAAGUAAAUAUAUGAGCUAUAACCAAACAGAAUAUAGUUUGGUUUCCUUUUGAGGAGAAAAAUUUAACAAAAUAUCUAAUAAUUCUAACUGUCCACAUGGUGGCAGGCUUAAACUGCAAGCAGAAAACUAAGGGGUCAGUGCUCAUCCUCCCACUGCACCCGUGCUAGUCAUUCCUUUGAUUUUUAGUGGCUCAAGAUUUGAACAGAAAAUAUAAUUCACAUGCCACACAUACAAAGCAACUGCCUUUGGUGCUGUUACUUUGGAGGGAGUCUAUAAUCACCUUGCAGUCUGUGUGUAAUUUUAUGUUCUCUUUUUCUUCCCAGUAAACUCUAGUCCAACACCACUUUUAAACGUGUGGGUUUUAUCCAGAAAUGUGUAUGCAGAACUCUAUUCAAGCAAGGGAAUUUCCUCUCCCCUUCACCACCCCCCCCAAAAAAAAUCUGCUCUGAAGGAUUCCCCAACCCUCUGGCACAGAUUUUGAAGGUUGUGGGGAGAGGAGAGGAAAGUUCCAUUGCACAAACAGAUGUCAGUUGUGCAAGUGGAAUUGCAGCCUUAAAUACAGUCCUGUAUUAUUGUGCAUUUUCUUUUUCGUCUUAUAAAUGCACGUAUGUCUUUCACCAGAUACACCAUGGUGCUCUCCUAUCAAGGUGAAAUACGGCUAUGCCAGCUGCAGAAGCCCUCGCGGAGGGUAUUAUAAAAACGUCUUGGGAACGAAAUGCGACAUUCGUUGUCAGAAAGGCUAUGAGCUGCACGGUCCCCAGGAGCUUAUGUGUCAGUCAAACAAACGCUGGUCUGGCAAAGUUUUGUGCAAACGUGAGUGGAUCAUUACUUUGGCUCUCAGUUCAGUUGUUUCUGGCUAAUCAACCUAUACUAGAGAGGCACGAGUUUUUUACACAGUAAAAAUAUUAACUCUGUUUCUCUAUGCACUCUUAUCUCUUAUCAAUGCUUUUUUUUUUUUUAAGUUGCAUAUACAGAAAACAUCUGCAAGGAGGUCACCAAGAACAAUCUCCUACCAGUGUUAGGGAACCUGUGGGGUCCCAGUGGCGGAGCUUCAUGCUCCGGCACUGGGGAGCGGAGAGCUGGUGCGUGUCCCGCGGGUGGGGCGCCCAGCGCAGGGGGGGUCAGCCACGAUGGCACCCUGGGGACCGUGCUGCCGGGGGCGGGGCGCUCCCCCGCACUCCUCUUCCUCCGCCAGUGGGGGGUCCUCCAGAUGUUGUAGGACUCCCACUCUCACCAGCCCCACCCACUAUAGGGUUGUAGAAAUACUAAUAUGUGAGCUCCUAACAGCCUCACCAUCUAGUGUCUUAAAGCAGAAUAUUUUAAAUACUGUUUUUGUAACAAUUUCCUUGCCAGGACAGCUAAAUAAGACCCGGUUUUACGAUAUGGAAAUACACUUUGUUGCCUUUAACCUCACCAUUCCCAGGUUAAAUCCGAAGCACAAUUUGCUCCAAGUGUAAGAUAGCAGCAAACAAGGCACACCUAACUAAUGUCCCUUUUGUUGGGAUCACUGUCCAACAUAAGGCUGUCCACUUGAGUUUUGGCAAUUCCCUCUUCCACAGCAGACCCGGUGGGGGGGGGGGGGAGGAAGAAGCAGGACUGCUCGCUUACUUUACCUUGCCUCAGUCUGUGUGUGCUCAUGUUUUAAAGGCAAUGCAGCCAUUUCAAAGAGUAGUAAAGUACCCCCUGCAUCCAUUACUUUGGCAGAGGCAGAAGGUGUGUUUGCCAAGGGAUUAUUCCAGUGGUUAUUUUCUCUCUCUCAUUGGCCCUAAUUGGGGGGGGGGGGAGAAUAAGUCCACCAGUUCCAGGAUUUUUUUGACCUUUCCUGGGAUCAACAGCUGGGCUUUGGAUCAUGCAGAUUUAAUGCCUCCACUGACAUGCCGUCAGCUUUGGACUGGAAGAUUGUUUCAUGUUACAUAUACAUUAAUCAUAAUGAACACAUGAGAGAUGCAGGGUGAAGUAUUGGAAAGUGACUCCACUAGUAGUGCAUUGCUUUGAAAGCCCUCAUAUUUUAUCAGUUAAUCAACACUGACAUGCAUUUGCUUUUCGGUGAAUAGGUAUAUCUUUGCAUAUAGUGCAAAGUUUUUUAAAAAAAAAUAUUCUCAGUCAUUUGAUUUUGGUUGGGUUUUUUCCCCCCUCUGUAGAAAAACGUUGCCCAACCCUUUCGAUGCCAGGUAACGGAGGAUUCAAGUGUUUAGAUGGUGCAUAUUAUAACUCCAGGUGUGAGUAUUAUUGUUCACCAGGAUACCAGUUAAAAGGAGACCGAAUAGUACAAUGUAUGGAUAACAAACUUUGGAGUGGACGACCAGCUUCUUGUGUUGGUAAGUGUGGCCUGGGAGGAUGUGCAGAGAUUGCCUACCAUAGCAGCACAACUGCUGCUUUGCAGUUAUAUUGCUGCAGCUAAAACAAGAUUCAGAGCUCACCCGUGGUCAGGGAUGAUGGGAGUUGUAGUCCAGCAGCAUCUGGAGUGCACAGGUUCCCCAGCCCUGGGUUACAGAGUGUGUGUAUAAUGAGAGAGGGGUAGUGCAUUGUUAGGGCUGGGGAGACCUGGGUUCAAAUUCCCACUCAGCCAUGAAGCUCACUCCACUGGGUUACUUUUGACCAGCUACUUUCUUUAAUCCAGUCUACCUCACGAGGUUGUUGCAAGGGUAAACAGAGGUACAUAAGAACCACGGGUUGCUACCCCUGAGCUCCUUGGAGGGUGGGAUAAAAAUAAACGAAUUCUCUUGAAAUGGCUUGACAGUGGGUUUGAUAGUAGAUUAUUUUCUCACAAACCUACCAGCCUGGCAGAACUGCAGUGCACACUUUUGCACUCUGAAAGUAAAGAUGACACUACCAGAUAUGAACCAUUUUAUCAUUUCAAAAAAACAAAAACAAAAAAACCGGAACACUCCCAUGUCUGUUAUCUCCCGCUGAUGCUCUUCUGACCUUUGUGAAACUGUUUGUGAAACAACAUUGGAGGCUUUCUAGGAUGACUUUGCUGAAAUGGUGUCUCACUGUUUUUCAUUUAUUUUGUUUAAUAGUUUCUCCUUAUGUGGCUCAAAUUAAAUUUGUGGCUUUUGUUUUGUUACAUUGCUGCAGAUAAGAAAUCCCAGUUGAGGAAGUUCCAAUUAGUCAUGACUUCUCACAGUUCUGCCCUCUCCACUACAAAUUAAUGGGAAGAGAGGGGCAUGUGUGCGCGCUUGUCUAGUGAUUAUCUCUAAGCAGUUAAAAUGGCUUAAAACACUGUGGUCCAGCAAGAAGAGUUCACUGAUCCAUGAGUGCUUGGAGAUGCAGUUCCUAUAGUAACCGAAGUCUGGUGUCUUAAGUAGCUGAAAUUAAUAGUAAUACGGGGAAACUAUGGUCCUUUGCUAUAGGAGACUCAUAAACAUACAGUGGUACCUCAGGUUACAUACGCUUCAGGUUACAUACGCUUCAGGUUACAGACUACACUAACCCAGAAAUAUUACCUCGGGUUAAGAACUUUGCUUCAGGAUGAGAACAGAAAUCGUGCUCCAGCAGCACAGCGGCAGCAGGAGGCCCCAUUAGCUAAAAUGGCGCUUCUGGUUAAUAAGAGUUUCAGGUUAAGAACAGACCUCCGGAACAAAUUAAGUACUUAACCCGAGGUACCACUGCAUAUCAGAAACACUGCAAUUCUCAGGAAUGUUUCCAUUCCUUCUUUCAUUUAAUUUUGAGUAUGCACAUAUUUAGGUAAUGGCUUAAGCACCGAGAAUUUGGGUCCUUUCACACACAACUGCUUUACCUGUAGAACUGCUUGUUCUCAUGUGCAUAGCAAGCAGCUUGCACUGACAAUUUUGCACCAGCAGCUAUUUGUCAUUUUGCGUGUCCUUUCUCAGACUUCAUUGAGAAGGGCUGCAGUUGUACAAUGAACCACCACCUUCUGCUAAUAGGAAGUGUACCAGAAGACUCCUUUGCAAUGAACAGGGAGCAGCUGCCCUGCGGCGCGAGAGCAAUCAAGUGUACUGACUCUUUAAUACUGCUUCAUACAUUACUUCUCCUGCCCCCCUCCCCCCAGCAUGUAUCAUGCUCAAAAACACUGCUAUUUUUAUAGACAGAGAGGUGCCAGAACUCACCAUGAACGCCUCCCUUGUUCUGUUAUAAUGGCAAUGGCACCCACCUGAGAGGUGCCGGAACUGAGUUCUGGUGAGUUCCCCGAAAAAAAAGCCCUGCUCAAAACAUAAUGCAUCGGGAAUCUUGUGUCGUUGGGCCCAUAUAGGAGGACCCAGCCCUUUGAUACAGAACACUGUCAAUAGCCUUACAUUGCAUUCAAGUGGCAAAAUUCAUACAAAAUGUUUUUAGAGGUGUCUAGGUGAAGUUGCCUCUAAACCUGCAAGUAGGCCUUUUGCAUUCAGAACUGCACUCUAGAAUAAAGUAGAUAUUCAAUAAUUAGAAUGCAUCAAUACACUGAAAAGUAAUUUUUUAUAUGAAGUGUUUUUUAAAAAAAUCAGAAAGUUCUGGAGAUUAGAGGAAUUUUCAGCUGCUUUCCUGAUCUGCUUGCUUUUAAUCUCAAGAAGAUACCUUCUUUUUUCCAAUAAUCUCCAUUUGAUGUUAUUAAUGUUGUGCCAGAGUCAAUUUUAAGUGUCCUGGUAGCAGUUUGAUGAUUAACUUGUUCAAGAUUAUUUCUGCACUGUUUGCAUUGCCUGCAGGAUAUCAGCUUAAACCAAGUGUGCCUGUGCUAUUAUAUCUGUGUGUUUAUUUUCAGAUAUGGAGCCGCCUAGAAUCCAGUGCCCAAGUGUAAAGGAGAAAACGGCAGAGCCCAAUAAACUGACAGCCAGAGUGUUCUGGGAAACCCCAGAGGGAAGGGACACUGCAGAUGGCAUUUUGACAGAGUGAGUGAAAAUGUGUGAACUAACUAAUGCAUAUAAAGACAUGGGUUGGAUUUAAUACACAGUCACUCCUGGAAAUUUGUAUGUGCCCACAGAACUUGUAUUUCAAGUGUUCAUGGUCUGUUUGCUACAGGCAGAGCAAAUCCGGCUGCACAGGUGAUUUCUGAUUCAGGGGUUGUGCUUCAAGCAGUAAAUCUACAGAUAAACCUCCACAGGGACAGUGUUUGUUCUUGGUUAUAUAUGUAGCAUUCUGUUAUAUUUGCUGCCAGUGGGCAAUUUUGGAAAAGGAUAUAUUGCACUGCUAUAAUCAGAGCUGCAAACUGAACAUUAAUCUUCUAAAUUGUAUUCCCUAAAAGGUCCUGUCUCUGCAACAAUAAUAAUUAUUGUUUGCAACGUUUUCUUUCUUUUUAGUGUUAUUUUGAAAGGACUACCACCAGGAUCACAUUUUUCAGAGGGAGAUCACAAGAUCCACUACACUGUGUUUGACAGAGCCGGGAAUAAGGGAACGUGCAGAUUUUAUGUUAAAGUUAAAGGUAAGAACAUUUGCUGUUGGGGUUGGGGGAAGCACGGGCAUCAAAGUUAGGCCCUAUUUAUGUAUAUCUUACCUGGAGCAUGGCUGCUGCUGCUGCUGUUGCUGCUGCUUUUGCAGUUUCUCUGAUGGUAUUCGGUGUAUGUGAUCUUCCUUAACCAGGUGGGUACAAGAUGUAGACAAUGCCAGGAGGUUGUGGCAUCAGUCCAUUAUACUUCCUGAUGUGGGAAUAUAUGUAAAAUCAUACGCCUCUAUUCAAUUUUCCUAAGCUAGGGAACUGCAAACUUGCCCCCACUUUGUAUUUAUUUAUUUUUAGAUGCCAGGUGAAAACUGUUCCCUUUUGGGGGGGGACAGGCUUUUGGAGGCUGAUAGGUGAAAUAAUUUCUGAGUUUUGAUUGUUUUAAUCUUUAUUAUGUGUUAUAUUUUGUGUUGCCUUAAUUAGGUGUCAAUCACCCUGUGACCAUUUUCGUGAAGUGGAAAUAUCUUAAUAAGUACAGUGGUACCUCGGGUUAAGAACUUAAUUCGUUCUGGAGGUCUGUUCUUAACUGAGGUACCACUUUAGCUAAUGGGGCCUCCUGCUGCUGCCAUGCUGCCGGAGCACAAUUUCUGUUCUCAUCCUGAAGCAAAGUUCUUAACCUAAGGUACUAUUUCUGGGUUAGCGCAGUCUGCAACCUGAAGCGUCUGUAACCUGAGAUACCACUGUAAUUAAAACUAUGUUCCACAAUUUUUGAAGAUAGCUAGGCGAGAGGUGCCAAAAAGAGCCCUUGUGAAUGGUUCCAUCUUCACCAGUUUGAGUUCUACCAGGGUAUGUCGCUGAUAAGAGCGGCUACGAAUAAUUAGUGGAAUGCCCUUGGUUUUAGUGUUGGAGGAAGCAUUGCUUAAGAAAUGGCUUAUACAUACAGAAUAGCCUGUCUGAGAGUUAGAUGUUCAAGAUUAGUGACUGAUGCGCAACUGGAAUUGUUCACACUUUGUUACUACUGCUGCUGCUGCCAUUACCCUUCACCAAAUUGGGCAUUUUGCAAAAAUAAAUAAAUAGCAAUACUGUUGUUAAAAUCAUAACAUUAAAAUCACAGAACCAACCAAUAAGAAAAUUAGCACCACAAAAGUACUGGGCUGUUUGGCACAUAGCAAUGUCUUCUGCAGAGUCUGGUUAUGCAAUGGCCCCUGCUUGGGCAGUGGAACAGAGCAGCCCCCUUGCUAUGUAUACUUUGGAAAAACAGGCAGAGAGCCGGACCCACAGUUCUAGCUGUUGUGCCACUAAAUGGCUGUUGGGGGAAGUCUUGUGCCACUGGAUGAGCAAGAGGAAAUUGGUAAUAUAGAGGUUGUAUUAGAAGCUAUGGUGCUUGCAUAUUGUAGCAAUUAGCAUUAUUCCAUUCAUUAGCAAUAGACUGUGCUAGGUCUAAACUCUGCCAUGUUGAUGUAGCAUAAGCUCAGGGCUAUUAACAAUAUAAGGAAUAUCUGGCUAUACCAUGCAUCAGUUAAUGUAUGUGAAUGACACACCUGUGUGUGUUAAUGAAUCUAUAUGUCAAACUGAUUAUAAAAUCAAAAGAUGCUGAUGUCUCUUGAAGGCUAAAAAAACCAAAGCCCAUGCAAUUGCAUUUUCAUUUCAUAGAAGUGAUGUAUUAGGAGAUAAAAUGACUCACUGAGUGCUCCUCAUUUUGUGUUUACAGUCAGACGUUGUGGGAAACUGAAUGCUCCAGAAAAUGGCUACAUAAAAUGUUCUGGUGACGGGGAUAAUUAUGGCGCAACCUGUGAAUUUUCCUGCAUUGGUGGAUACGAAUUGCAGGGAAGUCCAGCACGAGUUUGUCAGUACAAUUUAGGCUGGUCAGGAACGGAGCCAACCUGUACACGUACGUAAUGAAUAAUUCCAGUAAAAGAGCAGCACGUGGGGUGGCAGGAUGAUGUGUAUUGUGGGAAGACUUGCUUAGCACAAACAUUGUAAUUGUUCCACAUGCUUCAACACUUUACAAUUGUUCACUGGGUUUUGGCUAGCAAGCUGUUUAUGCAGGGUUAAGCAAAUGAGAUGUUGCUAAUGAAUAAUGAUCUCCGUGUUAUAAAGCUUACCUGUCUAUUGAAGAUGACAUGAGAUACAAAUCUGUGGCUAAGCCUGAAUGCAGUAUUUUAUUAUGUUAAUGCCAAUACAUUUCUCACUUUUUCCAGAGGUGUUCAGUCACCCUGACCCACAGAAGCUUGUGGGAAGUUGCAUAAAUGCAGUGAGGCUUUUAUGCUAUUUCCUAAUCACCAGUUUUAUAUUCCCCAUUACAAGCUGUUUUAAAAACUCAUAUUCAUGUUUAGAAACAGCUUGCAAUGUAGCAUUAGCAGGCAAGGGUGCUGGGGAGCUCUGCCUGGAUAUGAAAAAGAAGCAGCUUUACUUAACACACACAUUAAAGAGCUGUCUGUGCUACAUCCAUUAUAUACGGAUUUCCUUUCUCUGGCUUGAGAUUUCUUUGCAUCUCUCUCCUGUUCUCAUUCUAUUGAUCUCUUUCUCUUUCUUGAUAGGAAUUGAUUACUAAACAUCCGCCCACAUUCUCCUGCCAACUCAAAACAUGUGCAGAUUUUGCAAAGUAGAUACCACUUAGCAUCUGGAAGAAGCAGUAAUUUGUUGCAGGUUGUGAGUGAAAAGAUUUAAGUGUGAUUCUUUUCCUGUAUUCUGGCUGCUAGAUCCAAGAUACUUGGCAAGAUAUGCAUGCAGAGCACUUAAGUAUUAUGAACAUCUGUAUCAUUAAUGGCUAGCAGACUUCCUAAGAGCUGUGUGUAGCAGGGAGGAGCCCAAGCCAGGCACCAGGUUUAACCCUCAGCAUGGCUAGCUAAAAUAUCUUAAAGGAUAGGAAAAAUCUUGCCUCAGAUUCUGGAGAGGUGGUACCAGAAAGAGUAGAGAAACCUUUGAUGAGCCAAUGGUCGUAACUCAGUAAAGGUAUUCUCAUAAGUUUAGAAUAUGAUGCACCAAUAUGCCAGUAUAAUGUCAUAAUAUUUGGCAUAACUUAAUGUUGUGUGCAGAGGUAGCAUUGCGUCCAAUCCCUAAAAUGUGUUCCAGUAAUCACAGGCAUUGGCUGGGUGAUUGUGCAUGAAACAGGCUUCAAGGACCCCACUCACUCUGUGAGCCUGUGUGGUGUCAGGUCAAGACUUCUCUUGAUUGAAUGCUUGCCUUAUUUGAAUCUCUUGAAGCCUUCUAGCUUCUGUUGGAUGUGGCCUUCUAGCUUCUGUUGGAUCAUAAUUCUCAUCAUCCCUGAUUUCCUGGCUAAGUCUGAUAGACACUGGAGUCCUACAACAUAUGGAAGUUCACAGUUUGCCUGCCCAUGUCAAAGUCUGCCUCAUGAACUAAUGACACAAAUAGGUGGGGGAUUAGUUAUUCAAAGUUUUCUGUUGCUGUUAAGAAUUGAGCUACCAUUUAAAACCUUGGUGUUGAGUUGAGAACAUUCUUGAUUCUUUUAAUCUGCUCUGUCCCCUUUUGGCUUCCAUGACCAAAUCAGUUGCCAUUAUCUCCAGCUGCUUAAGGUUGAAAACAGGUCUGUUAUGAUGAUUAUCAUCUUCUUGCUUGUAAUUUCAGCCAUGAACAUUAAUGUUGGUGUGAGGACCGCAGCAGCCCUCCUGGACCAGUUUUAUGAGAAACGGAGGCUGCUCAUUAUAUCCACUCCGACUGCAGCCAAUUACUUCUAUAGAUUGCAAUUGGGAAUGCUGCAGGUGAGGCACAGCUCCACUUUAGCUCCCAAAAUAGUGUAGAUGAACCGUGUCUUUAACAGUGCAUUAACUUUUAUGUCUCGAGAGACCCUAACAUUACAGAACCAUAAUAAUAAGCACACAUUGCAGAAACUCCCAUUACGAUUAAUCCACUUGAUGUUUAUCUCCAAUUCAUAUCUUGAUUACUUUAGCCAGCGCUGUGUGGUUUAGAUCUCCGGCACAUGACCGUGAUUGAGUUGGUUGGAGUCUAUCCAGCACAGCUGGGAAGAAUAGGCUUGAGACUGAUGCCUCCUGCACUGGCUUUGCAACUCAGGUAAAUUAAAAACUCUCUUUGUUGAUAAUAAUCCAGAAUUGUUCCCCCACCCCAAUAUUGCCCUUUAAUGUCUUGAUUGCAUUUUUAGGGAAGCACAAUAUUUGUUUAAAAUAAAACUGAAUGUGAGAUUCCCUUGAGCAAACAGCAUCCCUGAACAGAAAUUCUGCAUGAGUUGAAUUCUGCAUGAGUUGGAGAAUAUUUCUCAAGGAGACGUGGUGCAAAUUUUAUAAUCACCAAGCAGUGUAUAGAAAGAAUAUGCCUGUUCUGAUGUUUAAUCUUGCAAUCCAUUUUUCUGAGGCAGAGCUCUGCCUUAUACCAAUUACUGUGUCCUCCAGCCCACAUAAAAGCCUGCCUUUGUAGACUCAAAAGUUAUAUGAUAAACAGCUACAUUACCGUACAUGCUUCUUCCAUGGCAGGUGGAGGUGGAAAUGCUGCUCUACUUAUUACAGGUCUGGAGUCUACAGAGGAUGCGCUUUUCCUAUGCUUAGAGCUGUACAAAUGGGAUGUUCAAAUUGCCACUAUAUCAGGGUGGCAAACCUCUGGCCCUCCGAUGUUGCUGGAGUCUAACUCCAGCCAUUUGACCAUUAACUACAGUGGCAGUUGGACCCAACAUCAGGAGCGCCCCAGGUUAGCUACCACAGUAAGGGGAUCAGCUGCUUCAUUCCACAAUUGAGCGUCAUAGCUCAUAUUGAUAAACCAGGACAUAAUUGGCAGGAUCAUGCUAUUGUUGAGUCCAAACCCUAUUUCCACCUAUUGCAAGGGAAACCAGUUGUUGUUCUACUUUUCCUCAGCACAGAUGUGUUGCACAAGGUCAGUUUGCACUGUGUUUCAGAGUUAGGGUCUUUUCUGCUCCUAGGAAUGUAGUGGUCCCACUAAGCCUGUACCAGUCAUUUGGAAGAGUAGGGAAAUGAUGGAGUUUUCAGCACUGCAUCAGUGGCUGGUGAAGGGCAGGCUGCCCAACACAGUGAUAAAAACAGAAGGCAUGGUCCUUCUGGAAAAAAACACACCAGUGGACAAAAUAUUGAGCAACUUUUAUAGAUGUAACACGAUAACUUGUGCAAGAUUGACUGUAGCAGCUUUCAUUCCAAGAUUGGACAGUUGUCUUUUUAAUUCAUGGUCUAAAUUGUAUAUUGACUGGCUGGCUGUGGCUGAGAGUCCAGUUGUACAUAAUCUUUGACUUUAAAAAAUAUCUGAAAAAAAGGGGUUGUUCUUUCUCAUACUUCAUUGCAAUGGAUAGUUAUGGCCAUACAGCAGCGGAGCAUGUCUUCAUGGUGCCCAGGGUGCAGGGAACACAACAGGGCAGGUAUAUGUCCUUCAAUCAGUUAGGAUUGGACUGAUUAGAAGGGUACCUGCUAGGCCCACGCUGCUUUGCAAAGCUCGGAUGUGGGUUCGGACUUUCAAAGCAGCAUGGGGCUGGCAGGGGCAGCGUGAGGAGCAAAAGGUGCUCAGGGCAACGGCCUAUGCUACACCUCUGUGACCAUACAUGUAAUGUAGCUGCUUAUUUUAAAAGCAAACCAACUGCUUCUCUCUUCAUAUUGUCAGGUUGUUGCUCCGCAUUCCCCACUAUAACUUCAAUAUGGUGGUGGUUGAUAAACAUGGUGUGGACAAAGAACGAUAUCCUUUCCCAGCGACUCCUGCUGAGCUCUUUGCGCUCAUUGAUACUUUCCCUUUGAGAAAAGAAGAAAUGAAACUGCAAGCAGAAGCUGGCCAGUCCUGUCCCUGAGCCUGGAUUACAGCCAUUCGCGUGGCGGUAUGUUGCUGCCCUCCCUGCCCUCUGGUGCUACUACACAAAGCAUGGUAUUAGGGAAGUCACUGAUGUACAGAUUCUUUUUUUAAAAAAAAUGAAUGUAUGUUUGUGGUUAGCUUUGUGAGUGUGUUGUGGAGCUUCCUUUCUUUAGCAUUUUACAUACUGCCUCUUCACUAUUUCCAGAGAUUUCUAAGAAAAUCUAUAGAAGAGAAUGAAAAUAUCAAAUUACCUUGGUUAGGUUUCCAGGAGUGCCUUUGAACGCUGCUCCCUGUGUAAAUGUUUCCUUUUCUUUUUACAGAUCUUUAAUAAAGAUGUUGUUUUGCACUUUAUGGUUUUAAUCUUAAGCAUUUGGGUAUAGUGUAACUACAGACAAUGCAAAGGCAUUAUAUUUAAGAUACUCCCAAGGAAUGGAGGCAAAGAAAUAAAUAGAGAAUUAUGUCUUGAUUAUCAAACUUCAUUUCGCAAAGUUUAUAAUUAGUAGCUGCAGCUUCUCUUUUCUGGCUAUACUCCUUCAUUCUGGGGCAGGGCAUAAGGCAGGAACUGCAGCCUGUGGCUUAGUUUGUUUUCUAAUUUACCAAAGAAGUAAUGUCGUUAACCAUUUUUAAAUGUUGUUCCCACAACUUUUUGUCUUGCAAAUGUUUGGGGACUACAGCUCCCAUCAGCCAUGCAUGACAAAUGCUCUGGGAUGAUGGGACUAGGCCUUGGCGAUGUACUGAU